AUGUUUGAGGAAGAGAUGAUGCAGGAGGAGUCGAGCUCCCCGGAGUCUCCAGUGGACAGCCUUGGUAACAGCGAAGAGGAACUCGACAGGCAACAUAAGAGAUGUGGGAGGAAAAGGAGACCGAGUAGGAAAAACGGGGAGGAUUCAGAUAGCCCUACCCAUGGGAAAAGAGGGAAAAAGUGCAGCAACGGCAGCCCUCAGUCUUUCGAGGACCUUCAGACACAACGGGUCAUGGCUAACGUUCGUGAGCGACAGAGGACGCAGUCCCUUAAUGAGGCGUUCGCGUCUCUGAGGAAAAUCAUCCCUACUUUGCCCUCUGAUAAACUGAGCAAAAUUCAGACGUUAAAACUUGCAGCUCGAUACAUAGACUUCCUUUGCCAAGUUCUGCAGAGCGACGAGCUGGACUCCAAAAUGGCAAGCUGCAGUUAUGUGGCUCACGAAAGGUUAAGCUAUGCGUUUUCUGUGUGGAGGAUGGAGGGCGCGUGGUCCAUGUCAACAUCUCACUAG